AUCUGCGCGGGUUUUUCCUUUACCGCGUUACUUCUCUCCAGCUCAUCAGCAAUGGAAAUAUUCAGAAAAUAUUUAGGUGGUUCGACAGAAUCAGACGAGGUCGUUGGAGCUGAUAUUGUGGAUAAGCUUGUAGAUCGCUACCAGUCUUCAACUAGAAUUGAUGACAAGAGGGAUGCUCUACGGGCCCUGAAAGCACUUUCUAAGGCAAGCAAACCUUUUUAAUCUUUAUAUAUCUAGGUGUUUAGAAGUACCGAUUGGAGGUUGGAACCCAAGCAAUGAUUAUCUUCUCUUCAGUCUUGAAAACUGAUUGGUUUGUUAUGAGUGCUUUGUGCCUAUAGCUCACCCUCUUUAGGGAGGAUUCAGAUUGUGUAUGCUACGCUUUGGAAGGCCUUUAUUCUGUAAUGAACGAUGAAGCAGGUGAACAAGGUUUGUUAUUCCUAGUUUUCAAGUUCCGUAGUUGAACCUCAUGAGUUAGUCAAUAUACCAACUGACCUGGGUGUACAGUUCACGGAAAUGUAUAUGAAGAACACUGAAAACUACCAGAUUUUAUUGUCACUGUUAGAUGCACCUGAAAGUUUUAUUCGACGAAACGCUAUGCGGUUGCUUACAGUGCUUUCUAUCAAUCGUCUAAAAGAUACUCAAAAUGCUGUCCUUCAGUGUCGUACCGGAGUUUCAAAACUUGUGGAUAUACUUUCAGAUACGCAUGAAGUCUUACGGAAUGAUGUUAUACUUCUCCUAACAGAACUCACCAAGGCAAAUGCGAACAUCCAAAAAAUAGUAGCCUUUGAAAAUGCCUUCGAUUGGUUACUGAAAAUCAUAUAUUCUGAAGGUCUGUGUGAUGGUAGUGUGGUUGUAGAAGAUUGUCUUCGUUUAUUACUUCAAUUGUUAGACGGUAAUCCAUCUAAUCAAGUCUUGUUUGUCGAAGGGAAUUUUAUUCAGCGUCUUUCACUUCUAUUUGACUUGUAUUCUACUGAUAGUGCACAGCCACAACUUUGGUCUGCACAGAAAGUUGUCAAUGCGGAGGUAGCUAUGCAGGUUGUUCAAACCUUGGUAGCACCUUGUAAUAAAGCUCAAUUAACGCGAAACUGCCAAAAUGUGAUUUAUGAUUGUGGUCUUCUAGAAAAAUUGUGUAAUAUUGUCAUGAUCAGUGGUGUUCCGGCAGAUGUCCUGACAAAAUCAAUCUAUGCUUUAGCAGACUCAAUACGUGGAUGCCCAAGAAAUCAAGAAUAUUUAGCAAAUUUAGUUACACCUUCAGAACCUCCUCAAUCUGCUGUGAAUGUGCUUCUCGUAUCCAUGUUAAAUAAACAUCAAUCUGUAGUUGUGCGUGUAGCUGCGCUAUACUGCUUUCAAUGUUAUCUUGCUUCCAAUCAUCAGGCACAGAAUGCAGUUGUGAUGACACUGCUGCCUAAACCUAAUGAUGUCCCACAACUUGGUGUUAGCGCUGGUCAGUUGCUUUGUGGAGGAUUGUUUUCCAGUGAUUCAUCAGCUUGGUUUUCUUCAGUAGCUCUCCUUCAUUGUAUCCAUGAUAAUGUACAGCUUAAAGAAGAACUUUUACGCGUACAUUUAUCUCCUAAAGAAGGAGCUCCAUCUGUUACCCUUUUUCAUCAAUGCUUUAUGUGGCAACAACAGUGUAAUCAUUUUCAAACUCGCAUGGGUUUACUGCAAUUAUUAUGUACUUGGUUCACAAACUGUUCUGAAGCAGUAAGAUGUUUUUUAAAUCCAUCACCCAGUACAGGAAAUGAUCGGACAGAAUCAGUGAAUCGUAGCUCGUAUUUAUGGACUCUUAUUGCAGAAGCGUGUGCAGUGGAUAAUGACGAAAAUGAAGCAUUAGUUCACGGUUUGACUACAUUAUUAGUUUGCAUUUGUGUAAUGUACAAUCCUGGGAAUGUCAAUGGAUUUGAAAAAUCAACAUUAUAUAAUGCCCUAGAGAAACGUAUCGGUAUAGAUAUGAUUUUAGAACGUCUAAGUCAAAUAUCCAAAGCUGAAUCAUUUAUUACAGCUUCAAAAAAACCUCAAAUAUCUGUUCAGUCUACUGAUGAUUUAAUAUUUGAUUACACAUUCACACGUUUAUUCAAACGAUUAGAAUAUGAAGUAAUGCAUACAUUCCAGUCGGACAGUAGUAUUAAUGGAGUUAAGAGUUGUACUUCAUUUGGUAACAAUCACCAAAAUAGUAAACCUGUUGAUCCUACAAUUACAACAUUAAGUCAACAACAAUAUGAUGAAAAGUUGGCAAGACAAGAGAAUGAGAUAGCAAUGUUGCGUAAUCGUAUAAGUGCAUUAGAAUCUGAGCUGAAUACUUGUCUUUCUACAAUUAAUGGUAAUACUCCAACUGAUACAAAGCGGAAUAAUAUGAUCAAUGAAGGUGAACUACAAAAGUUAACCAUAACUGACAAUAUUACUAUUCAGAAUUUAGAACAGAAGUGUUCAAUGCUUGAAAAAGAACGUGAUAAUCUACGUGGUGAACAUGAAGAUUUAUUAUUACUUCUAAAUGAUCAAGAUGUGAAAAUUAUGAAAUUGUGUAAACUUGUUAGAGAGUUAGGAGGUCAUGUAAGUUGAUAGUGAUGAAGUAUUGAUUUAUCUACUGUUAAAUCUAUUAUUAUUAUUAUCUCUUCCUCUAGUGAGGCGGUGGGCUACUGGUUAUAGAACUCCCAUGGUAACCGUUGACCAACAGUUGUUUCAUACUCCAUUUGUCCCUUCAGGAUCCUGGAGCCCAUGUGCACUAUUGGUUUGUAAUCAGGUUUUUCCAACUCCUUUAGGUGAACUUUCCAUGUCAGCCGACCCGGCUAAAGCACCGGACAUUCACUUUUCAUCCUCUCGAUUUCGUAAACAACAGUAAUGCCACGAGAAGGCAGUGAGUAGGACUUCCCUAGCGGUGGUUGUAUAUACGUGGCCAUAUGAGAGCAUUUGGAGAGGGAGAGUGGACUCUCCCCACUCUCGGCCGUACCAGAGCAUUUGGGGGCAAGUAAAUUAUCAUUAAUUCUACAUGUAGAGUGAAUUUGUUCAAAUUAGAUGUUCUAGUAAAGUAGGACAUCAAAUCCGAGUUCUAGAAAUGUUAUUGUCAAAAAUACUGAAGCACAUCUAGUAUUUAUUUGUAAUUAUCUGAAUUUUAAAACAGUACUUGAUGAUUUUCAGUGUUAGCAACAACAUUUAAAAAAAAUGAAAGAAAUCAACGGUGUUUUUGUGUGUCCACUUUCUAGUUAUUUUUGAUUUGUCAAGGCCAUAAAAUAUAUCAAGUUUCCUUUACAUUUCCCAAGAAAAAAAACACCCUAAAUUAUUGUGUUAUAUAUUUCAUCGUUGUAUUUCAAAAUUAUUUUUUUUGGCAGAUACCAAACGAUAUUGGAUUAGGUAAUGUUAUUAAUUCACAAGUUACAGAUAAUCAUCAUAAUCAAUUAAGUGAAGAAAAUACUAAUCAAUCACUAUCCACUUUUCAAACAAUUCCAUCAACUCUUCCAUUAGAUACAUUACAAUGUCCAACAAAUUUCUCAUUUACAACUUCUGAACUAAUUUUAUCAUCUAAUUCAAUAAAUAUUUCAACACCAUCAUCAUAUUGUGUGUACAAUAAUAAUAAUUUACUUCAUACAUCACCACCUCCAUUAUUAUCUCAUACUAAUUCUACACAAAAUGUAAUCAUGUCAACAACAACACCAUCAACAAAUCAAUAUUACUAUCCACAGGGAUAUUUUAAUGCUGUAACACAAAACUAUCCAUGUUCACAAUCAUCCAAUUCAGUAAUAUUUUAUUCUACUAAUAAUUAUCCAAUAGUAUCAUCGAAUUCAUUCAAUAAUGAUCAUUUGAAUUCAUAUACAAAUACCACAAUAUUUCAAUGAUAAAUAAUAAUAAAACUUUAAUUGAGAAAAGGAUAAAUUUAAGGAAUUCGGACAUUAUACAUUUGAGCAAAAUUGUUUUAAUUGUACAUUGCUUUAAUGCAUCACAUAUGAAAACAAAAUGAUGCAUAUAUUUCUCUUAUUUGAUUCAUUCCGCUAUGUAAAUGCAUCAAUCUACCUUAUUUAACUGUUAAUUUGUUUAACUUUCUUUUAUACGAUUUUCUUUUUUUUUUCAUUUGAUAUUUUAGGUUAGAUGUUUCCUCUUUUUUCUAAAUGAACCCCCCCCCCAAAAAAAAUAUUGUGUUGUGCUUAUUAUUAUAUCCUUAAAUUCUUUU